AUGCUUGUAAAAUAACCAAAAUUCAACAUAUGGAAACAAAAUGGCAUCACUGUGGCUGGUGGAAAUGAAGAAGGACAAGGAUUAAAUCAACUCAAUUACCCUGUUGGAAUCUUCAUUGAUAAAAAGAAAAAUAUUUUCAUUGUUGAUGCUGAUAAUCAUCGUAUUGUUGAAUGGAAAUAUAAUGCGAGAGAAGGACAAAUCAUUGCAGGUGGAAAUACAGGAGGAGAUCGAAUGGAUCAAUUGAAUGAUCCAACAGAUGUGAUUGUUGAUUCACAGAGUCAUUCGGUCAUCAUCGCUGAUUAUAAUAACAGACGAGUGAUUCAAUGGUUGAAUCAAAAUCAACAAAUUCUGAUUGAUAAUAUUUACUGUUUUGGUUUGGCAAUGGAUAAAUAUGGAUAUCUUUAUGUUUCUGAUUGGGAGAAGAAUGAAGUGAGACGAUGGAAAAUAGGUGAAUACAAUGAUGGAAUUGUAGUGGCAGGUGGAAAUGGAAAAGGAGAUCAACUCAAUCAAUUCAGUCAUCCUCGUUUUAUCUUUGUUGAUGAAGAUCAAUCUGUUUAUGUAUCAGAUUAUCACAAUCAUCGCGUGAUGAAAUGGAGAAAAGAUGCAAAAGAAGGAAUAGUUGUGGCUGGAGGAAAUGGUAAAGGGGGACAUCUCAAUCAGUUAUCUAAACUUGAAGGAGUAAUUGUUGAUAAUUUGGGUCAAAUCUAUGUGGCAGAUCCUGAUAAUCAUCGAGUAAUGCGUUGGUGUGAAGGAAAAGAAGAAGGUGAAAUGGUUGUUGCUGGUGGAAUUCAAUUAGCUGGUCCCACUGAUUUAUCUUUUGAUGAUGAAGGAAAUCUUUAUGUUGUUGAUUGUUAUAAUCAUCGAGUUGUAAAAUUUGAAAUAGUUUUGUGA